CACUCAAAACCGAUUUACUUAAAAUAUUAAAAAAAAAAAACAAAACAAAAGUUCUCAAAAUGCUUUUGAAAAAGACAUUUGCGCAUGCGAAGUUAAAAAAUCGCGCCACAUCCUGGAGUUACGCGUUCGCGUUCUGCCUCUGCCUCCUGUUAUCCGCUUGCAAUGCCGGCACCGAGAAUCUUAGUAAUUUCCCUUUUGCGCAACAAGGAUUAGCAGCAGCAGCAGCAGCAGCAUCAGUCGCCUCUGGCAACUCAGCAGCAACAGUCAAAAAAGCAUCAGUUCCGCCCGCACCUGCAUCGUCUUCGCCGUCAUCUUCCACGCCAUUGAACACCGCUAACGCCAGCACACGCACCAUUUUGCGCAUCUACGAUGAGUGCAGCCGCGCAGAUGGCGGUUUUGUGCCAUGCCUGAAGAAGAAGGCAAUCUCCUUCAUUGAUCGCAUAUCGCACAUAGAUGCCAUCGCUGUGGCGGAUGGCAUUAAAUUGGUGCGCCUGCCGAAUAGCGCUAUUAGCGCCGCCGCAGCCGCAUCUUCUGCGCCACUUCAGCCACUCUAUGGUGAAAAUGAGCUGGAAUCUUCGCUGUCACGCUCCAGCGAUGAUCGCGAUACCAAGCUGACAAAUAUGCUUAUAGAGCGAUUAAGUCACUUCUUCAAUGGUCACACGCUGCAAGUGAAUUUUCCCAAAUUGACAGCCGAGGAAAUAGGACGUGGACUAGAAGAAGGUCGCGGCAAAAUGAAGAAAAUGAUGAGCAUGAUGAUGAUGGGCAUGGCUAUGAAAAUGGUUGGCAUGAUACCCGUUGCCAUGGGUAUGCUCUACAUGAUGGCAGGCAAAGCGCUGAUUGUCUCGAAGAUUGCCCUGCUGUUGGCGGGCAUAAUGGGUCUGAAGAAGCUGAUGUCCGGUCGUGGUGGAUCAGGUGGUAGCUCGGGUUGGUCAUCGGGUGGCGGCGGCGGUGGCUGGUCUUCGGGGGGCGGUGGUAGCGGCGGCUAUGAUAGACGCUCUCUUAAUGAAGCGCAUGAGCUUGCCUAUCGCGGCUAUAGCAAUCGACAGACAACAGGUGCAUAUGCGCAGCAGAAGCAACAGCAAGAGCAGCAGCAAAAGAAACAGCUACAACAGCAGCAGCAACCGUUAUCUUUGCAACAA